GGAAUUUUGGUUGGUCGCACGGCGCCAUAAGCACUAAAAGUUGCCAUCUUCUCCCCCUGUAUUCAAUCAGCUUGGAGGUAAGAACGUUCAAUUGCAGGCGACACGAGGUACAUAAAGAGCAUCCUCUGCCGGCAUUUCCGUUUCAAUUGCGGUAGAGUUUUGAUGCACACGUAAAUCCGGCUUCAAGACAUCAUGCUUAGCAUUCUAGGGCUUGACGAUGGCUUCGUGCCCUCAGUGGCGCUGCUCACCGCCAUCCCUGCGAUGCUAUACCUCGCCUACCUCAUCAGAUCUCCCGUCACAAUGGACGCCAAAGAGCCGCCUCUGUUGCGCCCGACAGUUCCCUUCAUCGGCCACAUCAUCGGUAUCUUCCAACACUCGUGGGAAUAUCUUGACCUCGCCUAUGCAAAGUCGAGGGCUCCCAUGUUCACUCUGCCCAUGCUAGGCGGCAAGAUGUACGUCAUAACGGAACCCGAACUCGCACAAGCGGCACUCCGCAACCGCUCCCUCAGCUUCGAUCCGUUUUUAAGGGACCUCAUUAAGGGGAUGGCUGGCGCCAGCGCGCAGACCAUGAAGGCGUGGGACGAUCCCGCGUUUUACGGGCCUUGGGUGAAGAGUAUCUACGGGGGUAUGGCGGGGCAAUCUCUUCUUGGGCUCAACAUCUCUGCUGUGGGAGGGAUUGCGACUGCGUUGAACGAAAUUGGUGACGAUGUCGAGGUUGCGGAUUUGUACAUGUGGAAUCGGGAGCUGUUUACCCUAGCCAGCACGGAUUCGCUGUAUGGAAGCAGGAAUCCGCUCAGAGCGGAUAAGAAACUCAUCGAAGCGUACUGGGACUACGAAGCAGACGUCAACAAGCUCAUGCUGGGCAUCUUCCCCUCUCUCGUCGCGCCAAAAGGCUACCGCGGCCAAGCCCUCUUCCAAGAAGCCUUCAAAUCCUUCUUCGACUCCCAACUCCACGAAGGCGACGACGUCCCAUCCCUCGUCAAAGAUCGUCGGAGACUGAGCAUAAGCUUCGAUAUGACGUCAGCAGAAGCAGCCAAGAUUGAGUUGAUCUUCCUCCACGGCGCCAUCUCGAAUACUUUCCCUGCGUUCUACUGGUUCUUCACCCGAGUGUUCAGUCAGCCUGAGCUUCUUUCGAGACUUCGGGAGGAGGUGCAGGGCGUCAUUGAGGAGAAGGGGCGGGACGUAGUCGAUGGGGAAAAGAAGAGAGUGUUUGUGCUGCAUAUUGAAAAGUUGGAGGAGAGGUGUCCGCUGCUAAUGUCGUGUUUCCGCGAGACGCAUCGGUUGUAUGCUUCGGGUGUUCUCGCGAGGAAGGUCAUGGCUGAUACGACUAUUUCGGAUGGGAAGACGAGCUUCGUGGUGAAGAAGGAUUGGCAGAUUUCUGCACCGCAAAGGAUCCUGCAGACUGACUCUGGGAUCUGGGGAGAUGAUGCGUUGGAGUUUGUUGGGGAUAGGUUCUUGAAAGUUGCGGAAGAGAAGGGGGAGGCGGUUGUCAAUGUUGCUGUCCGAGGGUUCCUUGGCUUUGGAGGUGGAAAACAUAUUUGCCCCGGCCGUUACUUCGCGAGCGGCGAGCUGUUGGGAUCUCUUGCGCUGCUAGUUGCUGGAUUCGAUGUUACUAGUUCGGAGGGGAAUCCACUUGUGGUUCCAAAGGUUACGGCUGUGCCUUUGACUGGAUCUUUUGGAAAGCCGGUACUGGGCAGCGACCUCAAGGGACGGAUGCGUAGGAGAGCGGGCUGGGAAGAUGUCAGGUGGGAGGUUGCUGCAUAGUUAAUGAUCGUGCAGAUGUUGGAUUAAAGAACUUACCUGAAGGGGCGCAAUUCACCUUAUUACGAUAGGCCUUUCUAUCCAUGUGGUUAUCCCC